CCUGCCUCCUCACGCGUGAGGGGUCGCCGCCCCGACGUGGUGCUAGCCGCGCGGGAGUGCCGAAGAGGGACGGGCGAGAGGGGGCGUAGCCGCGCGGCAUGGCGGAGAGCGGCGCCUGGCUGCUGGUGCUGAGCUCGGUCUUCCUCUGCAAUGCUCUCAAGAUACUGCUACCCUCCUGUUCCUCCAUUAUAUCCAGAUUGUUACAAAAGGAUGCAGAGCAGGAAUCCCAAAUGAGAGCUGAAAUUCAGACUAUGAAGCAAGAACUCUCAACCAUUAGUAUGAUGGAUGAGUUUGCUAGAUAUGCCCGCCUGGAAAGAAAGAUUAACAAAAUGACUGACAAGCUUAAAACUCACGUGAAAGCACGCACUGCCCAAUUAGCCAAAAUAAAGUGGGUUAUAAAUAUUGUAUUCUACAUCUUACAAGCUGCUUUGAUGAUCUCUCUGAUUUGGAAGUACUAUUCUGAGCCCGUUACAGUGCUUCCAAGCAAAUGGCUUGCUCCACUGGAGCGCUUGGUAGCUUUUCCUACUGGGGUGGCAGGUGGUGUUGGCAUUACAUGUUGGCUUGUGGUUUGUAAUAAGGUUGUAGCUAUCAUGCUGCACCCUUUCAGCUGAAGGAAACCCGGUAGUCCACAGAGUCCUCAACUACGUUUUAAUUAUCACUACUUUACAUUAAUAAAAAGAAAAAGGGGGGAAAAAAAAACCAGUUGUCUUUUGUGAUCUUGGUUACUUCAGUCAGUAUUUCUUUGGAUUUAUUUGCCAAUUUGGUGGUCAGUUUUUAAAGAACAGCAUUGCUGUUUGUAGAACCUCAUUUUGUGUCUAUUUUGACAAGGAUGAACAUUGAUUGAAAGCAAAACUGUGAGACUUUAUUGUGACAUGUAUUUACCAAAAUCUAGAAGUAUUGGAUUUUUAUUUUUGAGCUGGAAAUACACUGGCAUUAGGAAUUAAUUAGGGAGCUUUGCUGUUUCUUUGCUGUAUGAUGUUAGUUUCACCCAAAAGUGAGAUUAUACUUAUGGACAAGUGGAGGCAGGUGGUUUGUGUGUCUUAGGGUAAAAAAGAUUGAGGCUCCUCCUUGUUAUUUUUUUACACUAUAAUUGGUGCAUUCCUGGUCUGUCUUAGAUAAUGUUGUUAUGUACAGAGAAUCAACUUUUUAUCUCAUAAGAAACACACUCAAUGGCCAAAUACAAGACAGCUGGAUACUUUUUUCUCCCUGAUUUUUAAGAUUAAUUGAACUCUUGAAUUUUCUCUUACUUUUAUUGACAACUGACCUUUCCUUUCUUGACAUUUUCCUUGCUUCCCAAACUGAGUGAGGAUCAAUUUCCUUCCAUGUUUUGGAAGGAAAGGUCUGGUCAACCUUCUCAAGCUCCAUGUUAAUAAAAAGAAAGUAGAAGACAGUGAUGUUCCUUCAGAGGGCUACAUUUCUAAGGGCUUUAGCAUACAUUAAUGACAGUCCAGGAUAUUUCAAAACAGCUAUGUAAAUG